AAGAAGAAGAAUUUAACGUUACAAUUUUCGCAAUAUAAAUACAAAUACAUUUUCAAAUAUAUUUGCAGAUUUUUGAUUAAUAAAGCAAUGGACCAAAAAGAUAUUUCGUCUGAUGAUAUAGUAGGAAAAUGUCCGCAUAUGUGUCCUAUAGAAGAAGCAAAACUGAGAGAAAGCCAAAGAUUGUUGCAUGUUUUUGAAACACUACCCGGUCCCCAAAAAUUUACAAGACCAAAGGUGGAUAUCAAGAGAGCAGUUAAAUGUUUUUCUAGGUCAGCCGCAGGAAAAGAUCUGACUGACCCCGAUAAAUUAAGACCCCCUUCGGUUUUAUUGGAAACUCUAAACUAUUUAUUCAACGACAUUUUAAAUAAAGAUGCAAGUUGGAUCGUUAAAUACGAUUUCAUUGCUGACAGAUUAAGAUCUGUGCGACAAGACAUGAUUAUUCAGAACACUUCUAGGGCUCAUCAAAUUGUUAUAUUGCAACCUAUCAUAAGAUUUUACGCUGUUGCUGCGUAUAUGUUUUGUGAAGAGGAUAUUAAUCAGUUCGAUCCCUACAUUAAUAACAAACAACUUCAGGAAUGUUUAAAAAGAUUGUUAUGUAUGUACGAUUAUUACGAUACAUUACAGAAGAUUACGAAGAAUGAUGUGUGCUUAUCCAAUGAUUUUUUGGAAGAACACAGACCUUAUUUCGAGACACUGUAUUUGAUAUUUAAUUUGGGAGAUGUCGAUGCGAUAAAUAGGAUUUUGAAUAUAUCUAAGAAUUGGAGGACAAGUUUAGUGGUCACUUCGGUAAAAAUGAGUUUGUGCUACAUAUCCGGGAAUUACUUUAAAGUUUGCAAACUUUUAAAAACUCUGCCUUUGAGUUUACAAAUUAUGGCGUAUCUUCAUAUGCCCGAACUUAGAAGAUCUUGUUUCAAAACGAUGUCAGUGGCAUAUAGCAGUAAAAAUUUAUUGUUUUCUAAAGCUAUUUUGACCGAUUUACUUCUCUAUAAUUCCGAAAAGGAGCUGGAAAUAGAUUGCAAACAUUAUGGUUUGAAAUUUAAUGAGAAUGGUGUUAAUUUUUUGAAAACUGAUUUUAAAGCUAAUGUAACAAAGGUGAAGCCUAGAAAAAAUGACGAAUUAGACAAAAAAUUAAAAGAUGUCAAUAUUUCCUCGUUAAUUCUUAACGGUUCUAAUUAAAGAAAUCCACAGCAAUUUUCACUUACUUAAUGUUUUUGUUAUGUAUAUUUCUUACCUCAACUGUAUUCUGUGA